AUGGCUCUCUUCAGCAAGUUCUUUGGCCUUGUCGCUUCCCCGACUGGUGCCCCCAUCCUCGGUCUCGUCUAUGCAACCAUCGGCCUUGUCUUUGCAAUUCUCUGCUUUGGUCGCUUCUCCCUCCUACUUCUCGCCACGGGUGCUUACGGCUACUGGGGCACUACCAAGGGUAGCACCUGGCACAAACGCCAAUUCGUCUCUGCGUCGUGGGGGUUCCUUCUUAUGUAUCUCUGCUGGGCCAUUGUCUAUAUCGCCGUCGAGAACAACCACAUAGAAAAGGUUAACCGCGACUGUGAGGAGCGAAACCCUAACUGGGAUGAUGGUCAGUGCGAGGAGAGCCGCCAGUCGACUGUCACGAUCGCGACGAUCUUUGUAACGAUUGGGAUGGUCCUGGGUAUCUACUUCACGCUGGUGCUGUCGAGAUGGGUCAGUGGUCUUGAGUGGGAGGCGCACUUGGAGGAGGAGCAGCGGUUGGAGAAGUGGCGCCGUGGUGAGCUUGAGAACCCUCAUGAUACCAUCGUCGACUUGUAG